GGAGUACUGUCCCGCCGCCGGCGAUGGGUGGAUCGUCUCUUCCAAUCGGUAGUGCGGCCACAACGAGCGAGGAGGAGGGUAUUGCGGCUCCAUUAUUUUGCUGCUGCUUCCGAUAUCCUUCUCUGUUCUUGAUCUUCAAAGUCCUGUGUGGCGGUUCUUCCAUUAAUUUGUAGUCGCCAAGUGCCGGAAAAAGCAGGUCGAAGGCUCGAAGCUUUUACACGGUUUUACGAGUUAGUCAAACUCCAAGUCAACUGGUGGAUGUAAAACCAGAAUAAAGAAAAGAAAAGGUCGCGGGAGACGACUCAGACCCCUUAAACGACGCCGUUUGCAGAACGGACCUGCGGUUCGCUAGGUUGUCUGACCUAACGACACCGUUUCGUCUUCGCUUCAUUCUUCUCAAUGCUUUCUUCCUUCUCCAAACGGCCUUCGACUCCCCGACGGCAUUUCUCGGCGGCGGCAGCGGCGAUAUUUUCAGAAGUGAACGAAGUGGCUAGGCGGCAGUUUGGAGAUGCGCUUGCCUCAAUGUUGGCAAGGAAAGCAGGAGCAGUCCUUGGGCGCAGCGUGAGCUGCUCUCGGGUUCUGAUCAGUUCCAGGAGCUUCACGUCCUUGUCGUCUGAUGGGUCCUCUCCGGAGCACGGCGGUAGUUUACCGGCGGCGGCUAACUACACGUUCAAUCAAGAGCACUUCAGUAAGUAUGAUGGGUUUCGGCAGAAUGUUGAGGAGGCAUGCCGAAUUGUGGAAGGUGGUCGAUGGGGACCGGAGAUUGAGAAUGCACUGAACAUGUUCGACGAAAAGCCUCAACCAGAAUUAGUGAUUGGAGUGCUGAGGAGGCUGAGGGAUGUGAAUCAAGCACUGAACUUUUUUCGUUGGGCGGAAGGUAAAAGUGACCACCCACUUUGUCCGGAAGCUUACAAUUCACUUCUGAUGGUUAUGGCCAAAGCUAAGAACACUUAUUGCCUGGAGCAGAUUCUUGGAGAGAUGAGCAUUGCAGGGUUUGGUCCGAGUAAUAGCUGUAGCGUUGAGUUAGUUGUGAGCUUUGUCAGAGUCCAGAAGCUGAGAGAGGCUUUUGAUAUCAUACAAACUAUGCGGAAGUUCAAAUUCCGCCCUGCAUUUUCUGCUUAUACCACUCUGAUUGGUGCGCUUGCUGCUAUUCAUGAAUCUGGUCCCAUGCUCGCUCUUUUUCAACAGAUGCAAGAGCUGGGUUAUGAAGUCAGCGUGCACUUGUUCACUACUCUCAUUCGAGUGUUUGCUAGGGAGGGCCGUGUUGAUGCUGCUCUAUCACUAUUAGAUGAGAUGAAGAGCAAUUCUCUUGAUGCUGACAUUGUGUUGUACAAUGUCUGCAUAGAUUCUUUUGGUAAGGUGGGUAAGGUGGAUAUGGCUUGGAAAUUCUUCCAUGAAAUGAGUGCACAUGGUUUGGUGCCUGACGAUGUAACGUAUACUAGCAUGAUAGGUGUUUUGUGUAAAGCCAAUAGAUUAGAUGAAGCAGUGGAGAUAUUUGAGCAUAUGGAUCAGAACAGGAAAGUCCCUUGCGUCUAUGCUUACAAUACCAUGAUUAUGGGAUACGGAUCAGCUGGAAAAUUCAAUGAAGCAUUCAAUUUGAUUGAGAGACAGAAGGAGAAGGGGUGCAUUCCCAGUGUAAUUGCUUAUAAUUGCAUUAUUACAUGUCUUGGUCAGAGUGGACAGCUCGAUGAAGCGUUUCGAACUUUUGAAGAGAUGAAGAGAGAUGCAGUUCCCAAUGCUGCAACCUAUAACAUUCUGAUCGACAGACUAUGUAAAGCAGGGAAAGUCGAGGAUGCUUUCAAGGUUCGGGACGCCAUGGAAGAAGCUGGCAUGUUCCCGAAUGUGAGGACUGUGAACAUAAUGAUCGAUAGAUUAUGUAAAGCGCGAAGAGUCGAUCAAGCUUAUUUGAUAUUCAAAGGGAUGGACCACAAAGUUUGUACUCCGGAUGAGAUUACAUUUUGUUCACUUAUAGAUGGUUUGGGAAAGCAAGGGAGAGUAGAUGAUGCAUACAGGCUUUAUGAACAGAUGCUGGAUUCCUAUGAAAUGCCAACUGCUAUUGUAUACACGUCACUCAUAAGGAACUUCUUUGAGUGUGGGAGGAAAGAGGAUGGUCACAAGAUAUACAAAGAGAUGCUAGAAAGAGGUUGUUCUCCUGACCUUGUGCUUCUCAAUACCUACAUGGAUUGCGCUUUCAAAGCAUGUGAAACUGAAAAGGGAAGAGCACUAUUUGAGGAGAUCAAGGCUAGAGGGCUUGUUCCAGAUGUGAGAAGCUACUCUAUCCUUAUUCAUGGCCUUAUCAAAGCCGGGUUUGCACGUGAAACCUAUGAAUUGUUCUAUGCAAUGAAAGACCAAGGUUGUAUCUUGGACACCCGUGCCUAUAACACUGUCAUUGACGGUUUUUGCAAGUCAGGUAAAGUGAAUAAAGCUUACCAGCUACUUGAUGAGAUGAAGUCGAAAGGUCACCACCCAACCGUUGUCACCUAUGGUUCUGUCAUCGAUGGCCUUUGCAAAAUUGACAGGCUUGAUGAAGCGUACAUGCUGUUUGAAGAAGCAAGGUCAAUUGGCAUAGUCUUGAAUGUUGUUAUUUAUAGUAGCCUUAUUGAUGGAUUCGGGAAAGUGGGUAGAAUUGAUGAGGCAUAUCUAAUCAUGGAAGAGAUGAUGCAGAAAGGCUUGGCACCAACUGUUUACACCUGGAACUCCUUGCUUGAUGCACUUGUGAAAUCCGAGGAAAUCGACGAGGCAGUGGUGUGUUUUCGGAACAUGAAGGAGCUCAAAUGCACUCCCAACCAUAUAACUUAUAGCAUCCUAAUUAACGGUCUCUGCAAAAUUAGGAAAUUCAACAAGGCAUUUGUGUACUGGCAAGAGAUGCAGAAGCAAGGAUUGAAACCAAAUACCAUCACUUACACUACCAUGAUCUCGGGGCUAGCUAAGGCUGGGAAUAUUUUGGAGGCAAAGAACCUCUUUGAGAGGUUCAAGGCAAAUGGAGGGGUACCAGAUUCUGCUAGUUACAAUGCUAUAAUAGAAGGGUUAAGCAUUGGAAAUAGAGCUGUGGAUGCAUAUGGGAUAUUCGAGGAAACCAGGAUGAAAGGUUUCAACAUCCAUACCAAGACCUGUGUUGCCCUUUUGGAUGCUCUGCACAAGGCAGAAUGUCUAGAGCAGGCUGCCAUCGUUGGGGCUGUCCUGCGAGAGACAGCAAAAUCUCAACAUGCUGCGAAACAUUGGUAAGCUCGGAGCAAAAGAACUUAUCUGCAUCUCAGAUGGCCCCGUUUACUUCCAGGACAAGGUAGAUAACUCUGAGAAGAUGCAAAACAUUCCCUAGUCCAAGAACCAUGAACUGCAAGAACGCCAGAAACUGCAGGCAUCUGCUUUCGGCAACUAGUGGUGCUAACGGAUCCUUGAGACCUUAACAAGCUGAUAUACUUUGUUCAGCUCCCGGUAUGAAAUGCAGGUCUUCAAAUACCUCAGACACCAGCCGGCAUUUGGACACGCCAUAUGGAUAGAUGGAUACCCUCUAGAAUCUUCAGCAGAUUCUGGCUAGGACACUUUGAAGACGAGAUUAUGCCAUUGUGUAGAGAAGUUUUGAUCCUUAUAAUUUUUCGUGCCAUUAGUUACUUGUUGUAGUUUACAGAAAGAGAAUGAAAGAGUGCGGUUAGAUCAUAAGCUGAUAGGGUUACUACCGAAACUCAGAACUAGUAGCUUCCCUUUGGCAGAGGAAAAUAACUGGAUGACUAUUUGCUUGAUUCCGCCAUAUCUUCUUGUACUCCUUUUUACCAAAUUGCCACUUGACAAAAGCAGGUGCAUGUAACCCCGACUACAGAGGAUCAUUCCUGUAGCCCAGUAAGAUUUAUAUUUGACCGUUACGAUAAAGCAGCCCAACAACGUCUC